GUCUCUUGUGAGCCUUUUCAGUGAGAAUCUCUUCCUUUCCUUUAAUCUCCAGUCUGUUUCCUCUCUCCCUGUUCACCACCACCACCACCACCACCACUUUCGUUUUUUCUUCAUUGUAAAACCCUAGAAACUUAUUCUCACAAUGCCUGAAGUUCAUGGAUCUGGUACACACUCAUACAAAUUCAAACGGCAGCGAAUCGGUGAAUAUCCUGCUGCGAUUGCAGAAUCAUCACCGGAGAAAAAACCAGUAUCUACUGUUUCAAGUUCCAUAACCCUAGACGACAUCCAAAGAGAUAAGUUAACUGAAAUGGCAUCAACUAAUUGGUCCAGAACUACUACUACAGAUAAAAUGAAACCUUAUAAUCCUGAUCUCGUCAAAGAAAUUUACGAGUCUGAGCUCUCAGUGAAACAAGGUCAUAAUAAGAUUGUUUCAUUGCAGAGAGUUUCGAUUUUAGAGGUUUCUCGGUAUUUGGAGUAUUAUCUCUGCCCUAAUUUUGAUCCUGAUUCUGCUAGCUUUGAACAUGUUAUGAGUAUGAUACUCAUGAUUAAUGAGAAGUUUAGAGAGAAUGUAGCUGCUUGGGUUUGUUUCUCUGAUAACAAAGAUUUGUUCAAAGCGUUUUUGGAAAGAGUUCUCCGGCUUAAAGAACAGGCAAGAACUUUAAGGAUAGCAGAGAAGACCAAUUACCUUCGUUUCAUGAUUAAUCUCUUUCAGAGUCUGGAAGAUGAUAUUGUCAGCCAGAAGGUAUUGAUGAAGCUAGCAAGUCUGCAGGUCUGGAGCUGUUUGUCUUAUGGCCGGUUUCAGGUAGUGUCACUUCUUAAAUUUCAGUUGGCCGGGAUUUGCUUAUGACUAUCAGCUGGUAGAUGUUCCUGACUAUAACGGGAAAGGUGAAAGUGCUCCAUCUCCUUGGUUUUACCAAAAUGAAGUAGAGGCCGAGUAUAUAGUAAGUGUGUACAUCUACAUGCGCUUGCUAGGUUAUCCUGCAAGUAAGAUUUCCAUAUUGACAACCUACAAUGGUCAGAAACUACUUAUUCGUGAUGUUAUCUCUAAACGUUGCUCACAUCCCUUCAUUGGUCCACCUAACAAGGUUACCACGGUUGACAAGUUUCAAGGUCAGCAGAACGACUUCAUCUUACUGUCUCUUGUCCGUACUCGCUUUGUUGGGCAUCUUCGUGAUGUGAGAAGAUUGAUUGUUGCCAUGUCUCGAGCACGGCUAGGUAUUUACGUUUUCCGUCGUCGUUCACUGCUUGAACAAUGCUAUGAACUACAACCCACCUUCAAACUUCUUCUUCAAAGACCUGAUCAGCUGGGAUUAAACUUCGACGAGACCACUUCAGUUACAGAACGUGAUGUUGGAGACACGGGAAGGGCCAGUUUUGUGAGUGGCAUUGAAGAAAUGGACAGUAUUGUUGAUGCAAAAAUGCGUCAGGCCUAUGAGGCUUAUCAGGUCAAUCACUCGUGAGGCUAACUAGGUCAAUCACUCGUACCAACAGUUCAGUUUUAACCCAUUUGGU